AUGGAUUCAUCAUCAAAAUAUGGGAAAGGUUCAUACGAAUUCAACGACAAAAUUGCUUUGACUGAUGCAUUCAAAAUUAUGACGGAUUUCCGUAGAGAAUCUGUAUUCACCGAUGUUGUGAUUUGCACGGACGACAACAAGCAGUUUACAUGUCAUAAGCUUGUCUUAGCCUCAGCAAGCUCGUAUUUUCGCGCUAUGUUUCUGGCUGACAUGAAAGAAUGUCAGGAAACUCAUAUCACAAUCAGGGAUGUCGAUUCCAUAGCUCUUGAGCAGCUCAUAGAGUUUUGUUACAGAGCAACAGUAACAAUAACACACGACAACGUGCAACAGUUGCUCGUUGCGAGUGGCAUGUUGCAGUUCACCAAGGUGCAAAAAUUAUGCAUGGAAUAUUUGUUGAGUAAUCUUGACGAAGCCAACUGUCUUGGAAUAUGGAAAUUGGCCGAAGUCAUUCCUAGAAAUGAGACAAUUGUAGCAAAAAUCGAGAGCUUCGUUAAAACCAACUUCUUACACAUUGCCCAAUAUGACGAAUUUUUAGAUUUGACCGCAGAGCGACUGUUGAAAUUUCUGAAAUCAGACGAAUUAAGGAUCUUGAAUGAGAAUGACUUGGUAACUGCAAUCAUUCGUUGGGUAAAAUUUGAUCAAAAUAAAAGAAUCUUGUUUUUAGAAGAUCUGAUGAAAUAUGUCCGUUUCUCACAAAUCACUAGACGAUAUUUGAUUGAUAUUUUAGACAACGAACUUAUCGUAGGAAACGAGUUCUGUAGAGAGUUGAUUAUCGAUUCUAUUCGCUACCAUCUCCUUCCUGAAACACGAAAAAGUUUUAGUGAGAAAAUGGACGGACAGAGAGAGAGAAUUAGCCGAUAUUUGUACUUACUUGGCGGUGAAGAUUGUGGAAACAUCCUUAGUAAUGUCGAGUGCUACGACUGCAGCACAGGAGACUGGCACGAGCUUACUCCCAUGAUCAUUCCCAGGAAAUUUGUUGGUACGGCGAUACUUGAUGGUCAGUUGUAUGCUGUAGGUGGGAUUAACAACCAGUAUGGCGACCUCGUGACAGUCGAGGCUUGCAAUAUCUCCACCAAUCAUUGGUCCUCUUUGGCUCCACUGCAAAAUUGCAAAGGUUCAAUUGCAGUUGCUGUUCUUGAUGGCUGGCUUUACGUCGCAGGAGGCACUGAAAAUGGCGAGGUUCUAAAAUCUGUAGAACGCUACGAUUGCUUAUCAAAUAACUGGCUUCCAGUCCCCCAUAUGAGCCUUCCCCGUAGUCAUUUUUGCCUUCAACCUGUCUCUGGAAAAAUUUACGCCAUCGGUGGGUACUGUGGAUCAUGUACAAUACCCCAUGUGGAAUUUUUUGAUCCACUCUCAAACAUGUGGACAGAAGUUGCGUGCAUGAAUAAACCACGUAUGCAUCACGCUUCCACACAUCAUGGUAAAAACAUCUAUGUUGUUGGCGGUGCUAACAAGUAUGCUGUUUUGAAUUCAGUGGAACUUCUCGAUGUUGAAAGCAACACUUGGAGUUUGAUCCGCAAUUGUUUCAACCCUAGAAGUGGUCUACGUGCGGAGAUAAUGAAGACAGAACGGGAUAACGAUUGUUUUCUAUGGAUAAUAGGAGGUCACGACCAUAAAAAUAGGAAUUUCAGUACAAUAUUGAAGUUACGUGUACCUGAUCUUAGUUAUGAAAGCGAGAUAUCGAUGCCUAGAACCUGUGUUUUUGCAGGACAAACAAACAUAUGAACAUGCAGGUUUAAGUUGGAACAAUUGACUUGAUAACUUGUAUUCUCAACAACAAUAAACAUUGUUUGAUCAAAAGAUAAAAUUCAAUAUUCUCGAUA